AUGGGUAACAACGCACUCAACUUGAACCCGACUAGGGCGAACAUCGACAUUACUACGCACGCCAGUGACUGGUUAUGGGCUGUCUUUGCCAUCAUGGCGCUCGCAUCUAUCGCCAUCCUCGCUUGGGGUCACUUGAAGCGACCGGUGGGCGAGCGGGCGUUCCACGAGCUCGCCGCAGCAUUGUGCUUCACUGCGUCCAUCGCAUAUUUCGCCAUGGCCAGCGUCACCCGCCCAACCCGUUCGAUUUGGUACGCCCGCUACAUCGACUGGACAAUCACGACGCCUCUCCUCCUCCUCGAGCUCCUCCUCGUCACCGGUCUCCCGCUCUCUCAGAUCUUCUCCGUCCUCUUCUUUGACCUGGUGAUGAUUGAGACGGGCCUCAUCGGCGCCCUCGUCGCCUCCCGCUACAAAUGGGGCUUCUACGCGUUUGGCUGCGCCGCCCUCCUCUACAUCACCUACUUCCUCCUGGUCCCCGGCCGCCGCUCCUCGCAGCGUCUCGGCACCGACUUCCACAAGAGCUACUCGACCGGCGCGCUCUACCUAUCCCUUAUCUGGCUCGUCUACCCCAUCAUCUGGGGAGUCGCAGAUGGAGGAAACUACAUCACCCCGACAAGUGAGAUGGUCGCCUACGGCGUCCUCGACAUCCUCGCCAAGCCGGUCUUUUCGGUCGUCCACCUCAUGUCGCUCUCGAGGCUCGACCACGCCCGCCUCGGUAUGUCCUCGUCGAAGGUCUCUGACGGCGCCCACCAGAAUCUCCUCAACGAGAAGAUGGGCCCGAACUCGACUAGCGCCACACCUCGCGCUUCCACCGUCGCUUCGCCCAACGCCGGCAACUACGGCGACGGCUCGCACUUCCACGGCGGCGCUGGUACCGGUAUGGGCGUCGGAAACGGCGCUGGAACCGGAACGGUCGGCGACGGUUCGCACUUCCACCGCGGCGGCAAUGCUGCCGCCGCCGUCUAA